AUGAUAUAUGACCGUCUCCGCCAUCAGGAAGCAGAAUCAAAUUAUGUUCCACCGUUAUUUAAUGCAGAAGAACAAGAAGAUCAAGAUAACUGCGUGGGAAUUAUUUUAAGAUUUGUAGCAGGACAACUUCUACAAGGAGCUGCUAAAGGCGUAUUUAAGCAUUAUUUCCAUCAGGAAGCCGAGUCAAAUUACGUUCCACCCUCAUUUAAUGCAGAAGAACAAGAAGAUCAAGAGAAUAUCUGGCCACUUGUUGCUAGAAUUGUAGGAGGUGCUGCAUUACAAUGGAUUUUAAGCCGUCAAGAAGCCGAGUCAAAUUACGUUCCACCCUCAUUUAAUGCAGAAGAACAAGAAGAUCAAGAGAAUAUCUGGCCACUUGUUGCUAGAAUUGUAGGAGGUGCUGCAUUACAAUGGAUUUUAAGCCGUCAAGAAGCCGAAUCAAAUUACGUUCCACCCUCAUUUAAUGCAGAAGAACAACAAGAUCAAGAUAACAUUAUAGGAGCGAUUGUAAAUUGGGCUAUAAAACAAGGUAUACAGAAAGCUGGAGAUGCAAUUUCGCAGUAUAUUUUAUCCCAUCAGGAAGCCGAGUCAAAUGGUGGUAUGCCAGAAUGCAUAAGAGAGAUUUACUCCAGACCACAACCACGUUUUGGACCAUCAAUUAAAAUAAUGAGACCACCAGUAUUCAAACUCAAGAAAUGA